UUGCUAGCCUCUGGCUGGUGGCAGCGAAGAACUGAAAACAUUAGGAGCAGAAGCUCAUCGCUGAAUGUCUGAAACAGAGGUAGACGGCUCCAUGGGGGACCUGGUGCCCCUGUUAUUGGAGAGAAGCUUUUCCUCUGAUCUGCAGCUGGACGGCCACUCUGGAUCUGCGGCGGACGCUAUCAGCCAAUCACAGGGGCCGGUUCGCAGGGCGGAGCCGUCGCUGGCCCCGUCUUGCGCUGAGAGGGGCCGGAGGGAGGUGGUGCUGAGCACGCAGAGUGAGGCAGCUCUGAAGCUGGGCACACGGCAGCUCAUACCCAGAAACCUGGCGGUGGUCAGCCGGACCAAGCCGCGGCACCACACCACCGUGGUCACGCUGCCCGUGGCGAAGGAGACCCAGGUAGACAUGUGCAAGGCCCCGGCCCCGGGCCCGGAGGUGUCAUGGGAGGACUAUGACAGCGAUGAUGAGGGCGUGUCGAUCCGCAGAAACCGCAGGAACAAGUCUUACCGCGCCGCGGUCACCAACCCGGACACUCGAGCCGCCAGCAGAGUGACGGCCGCGCCCGCGCUCACGGCGGUCAGUGAGGAGGGAGCGUUCAGCGUCCAGCCGUCGGGGAACCUCGAACCGUGCAAGAGAACUCUGGGAAGGAGGAGGAACCAGAGAGCACGAGGAUCUUUCAAAGAUGAACCCCGCCUGUAUCAGGAGAUCCGGGAGAGGGGCCUGCACUUCAGUAACCAGGACCCCGACGACGAGCUCCUGGACGACCCCGCACAGACGGAGCCCCCCAGUCAGGACAGGCUCGUCGUCGUCAAGAACUACCGGCCCACACAGCUCACCUGGAGCCAGCUGCCGCAGGUGCAGGAGAUGGGUGUUCUUCAGAACAUCUCAGCCGAGGAGAGGAAGCGACAGGAGGCCAUCUUUGAGCUCAUCACUUCGGAGUACUCGUACCAGCACAGCCUGGGGAUUCUGGUCCGUCAGUUCCUGGGCAGCGAGGAUCUGCGGAACACAAUGACCACGACAGAGCACCACCACCUUUUCUCCAACAUCUCAGUCAUUCAGUCCGUCAGCCAGAGGUUUUUUGAGGAUCUGGACAAACGUCACCAGGACAAUCCUUUGAUCCAAGACAUCAGUGACAUUGUGCAGAACCACGCCACUAACCACUUCCAGCCGUACAUCACCUACUGCUCUAACGAGACCUUCCAGCAGAGGACGCUGCAGAGGCUGCUAGCGGGUAACGCCACCUUCAGGGAGGUGCUGAAGCGCAUUGAGAACAGUGCAGAGUGUGGAGGGCUGCCCGUCAUCUCCUUCCUUAUCCUGCCCAUGCAGAGAGUCACCCGCCUGCCGCUGCUCAUGGACACCAUCUGUCAGAAGACCCCUGAGGACGUUGCCGAGUAUAGUGCUGCUGUGCGGGCAUUGAAGGCCAUCAGUAAGCUAGUGAAAAGCUGCAACGAUGGGGCCAGGACCAUGGAGAGGACGGAGCAGAUGUACACCAUCCAGCAGCAGCUGGAUUUCGGCAAGAUCAAGCCCUUCCCGCUCGUGUCUGCCUCCCGCUGGCUACAGAAGCGCGGGGAGCUGGCGGUCUGCACAGAAGACCUCAGCCUUUUCUGGAAGGCCUUCGCCCACAAGAGCUACUACCUGUUCCUGUUCAACGACGUGCUCAUCGUCACCAGGAGGAAGAGUGAGGACAGUUAUGUGGUGAUGGACUACGCCACUCUGGAGAAUGUGGAGGUGGAGCUGCAGAACCUAGACGGACAGAUGCCUCCACCUAUCAAGCACAGUGGCUCCUCCCCCUAUACGCUGAAGCUGUGGAUGAAGAGGAACAGCGAGGGGCGGGCCGAGCAGAUCGCCCUGGCCGCGGAAUCUCAGAUUGACCGAGCUCGCUGGGUGACCGCUCUGCGCAGACACAGACAGACAGAUGGCACCAGCACUAAGGAAGGCCUGCCACAGUACGAGGUGACCAAGGCCUACAUGCCCAAGGAGCUGGACGACUUGGGGCUGCAGCAGGCUGAGGUGGUCAUUGUCCUGCAGAAGGAGGAAGGGUGGUGCUACGGGGAGAGGAUGCGGGACGGAGAGAGGGGUUGGUUCCCCUCGGGCUACGCCAACGAGAUCACGAACCGCGCGGCCGCCGAGCGCAACGUGCGACGCAUGGAGAGACUGCGGAAGGAGACGGGCGUCUGAGCCUGUUCGGGCGUGGUCUACCCAACGAUCUCCGCUGUGGCGCAAGGACUGAGGCCUACACACCUGCCAAGUCAGAUGUGACACAAGAAAACCAGUUCCCCUCUUCCCCCAUCGCCACGCCAUGGACACACCCAGUGUGGCAGUGUACAGGUUGACCGUUUUGAGCUGUGUGUCCUGAAAGCCACGUCAUUUGCAGUUCAUGUUUAUGACCCAGAAAGAGAUUGUCUGUAAAAAAAGUGCCACUCACAGAAUCUCCAAAAGCCAGUUUCAUUUUUCUGCUACAAAAAACUGCAGUAUGGCUACAGGUCUUAUCUGUUGGUGUAAAAUAGGUUUUUAUAUCUGUAUUACAGUUCAUAGCAUUACCACAUGGGAAGGAAAACCGAAGAAUCUGUCAACCUCUGAAUAACCAUAAUUUACUGAUGGUUUUAUGCAAUUUCCAGAAAACUGUAUGCCACGUUGCAGAUUCUUUUACAGAAUGCAGGGAGUUCAACGAUAUCCUUUCAUCUCAAUUCAUGAGUGCAGACUAAACUCGGAGACAGAACUCAGAAUCACAGAAGAGAGACCAGCAAAAAAUGUUUUUCUGUCCUGUCAAAAUUGUUGAAUAUUGCUCCUUCAUCCAUAAGAAAUCUUUGGUACUCCAAAUCCAAAAAUUUUUAAUAUGUUUUUGCACACAACAUGAACCAUGUUGUCACUUUGUGUACAAAAACGCAUAUAAGAAAAUACUGCUAUGGCAUUAGUGGUGUUAAGCA